UUGCUCAAGCCAUGUAAAAAUAUCAACUGAGAAGCACCACUAGUACACUUACCUCACUAAAAAUCGAAUCUUUUUCUCCAUUAAUUUCUCUUACUUUUGUCCAAUCUUCAAUAGAAUCAAUUUCUUUCUCUACCAAAAACCCCAAACCCCAAAUAUUAAAUUUAAUUUUAACUUUUUUCUUUCUGAUCUCUGCAUGUCUCCUUCAUCUCUAUUCCUCAAUAUUUCACCUGAUCUUCCAAAUCAUUCUCUCAUAUAAUCAUAAAAAAAAACCCACAAAAAAAAAAAAAAAAAAAAAAAAAAAAUCAUGGAAGAACUUUGGAAUGGCAUCCACCAAUCUUCUUUACAAGACUUCUUAUCUCGAGGUUCAAUCAAAGAUAAAGAUCAGAAUGAAAAACAGGUUGAUGAUGCAGAUGAUAAAAAUGAGAUGUUUAAGAAAGAGUUUCUUAAUAGUCUUAACACCCCUGGUUUUAUUUCUUCACUAAACUCCCCAUUUGAAGCUUUGGCUACUGUUGCUGUUUCUUCUUCUGCCACUUCUUUAUUGAAUUCCACUUGUUUUUCUGUCAAAAACAAGCGGAUGUCUGAAGAUCAGAACAUUGUCGAUGGUGAAAUUGGUGUUGAUCAAAGGCACAAGCGUAUGAUGAAGAAUAGAGAGUCCGCUGCUCGGUCUCGUGCUCGUAGACAGGCUUAUACAAGUCAGUUGGAAAGGGAACAUGCUGAAUUGAAAGAAGAAAAUGCUAAGCUUAGGAAACAGCAACAAAUGGGGAGCUGCUUAUUUAACAAUUGUUGAGGAUAAUGUCCAGGGUAGAUCAAGAGUUUGUGUGCAAAUUUUAUUAUAUUUUCGGGUGUACCUGAAAGAAGGUAUGUCCAGUGACGCGUAAGACCGUGAGACCUUGAACACGCGUUCUUAUGAGCACGAUCAUGUGUUCUAGCUAGUGUCCCAUGAAUUAACUACACAAAUAUACAACUUAUAGUCUGUGUGCACGUGCAUAACACAUGUCGCAUGGGCAUAUGUAAGCUUUGAAUGUAUAAUACUAGUGGAAUACAAUUUAUGGCGAGUAAUGCUACCUUAAUUUAUAAUUAAUAUGUUGACAAUAUUUUGACAUAGGUAUAUUACGUAGAAAUAUUAUGAUCAAGAAAAUUCAAUUAAUUGUUUUUCAAAAUUAGCUUGUAAUGACUAUAAAGUUUUUUUUUGAAAGAGUAAUGACUAUAAAGUUUUGAUAGUUCAA